AUGUCCCGUAUUGUCCUCAAUGCUUUGUUGCUGGCCGUUUGCCUCAACGGACACAUGGGAUCGGCCACUUCCCCAGCUGCCACCCUUCUCCCACUCGUCAAGAUCACUAAAGUUGUCACAAAUCAAAAGCUGGCCUUGGCCUAUCUACCGGAGAUCAUCUUUCUCGGAUUGGAUAGACCGAUGAUACCGAAGAUGAUUGUGAAAACCCUUAACGUAACCACCACCACCGUUGAUCCGGCCACCACUGGUCCUUCAACCGUUGCACCCGUCACAGAGGGAAUGUCCCGUAUUGUCCUCAGUGCUUUGCUGCUGGCCGUUUCCGUCAACGGACACAUGGGAUCGGCCACUUCCCCAGCUGCCACCCUUCUCCCACUCGUCAAGGAAUACCAAAGGCUGAUCUAUGAUGGCGAUUAUGAGGGACUCCACGAGUUGUACCAUCCUCACGCCGUUUUGGUUGCCUCUAAUGAGAACAAAGUUUUGUAUAAACCCAAGGAGAUCUUCAAGCACAUCCGUGAAUCCCGCAAGAAGAUUCACAACGCUCGCUCGGAAUUGGCGAAGGAGACCUACUCCGGUGAUGGCGGAGUGCUCAUCUACGAGAAUCGAUACUUGAUCAAUGACAAUGGAAAAGAUCUCUAUGGUCCAUACCGUGCCAUCUGGAUUAAAUACCAUGGACGAUAUGUGAUCUACCAUGAGGAAUAUGAUCAACGAGUCAACAAGAAAGAGCUGAAUGACGAUGAGACUAAAAAAGAUGAUGGAACUGAUUCCGAUGGUGAGGAUGAUCGUCAA